AUGAGGACUGGCUGCUCCUUUGUGGCCAUGUUGGCAACGCAGGAGAUGAGUCGCCCUCAGCAGAAAGAGCAGGCACCAGUGUGGGACAUCCAAACCACAAUGACAGAUGUAGAUGUCCCGGUCCUGAUGCCUCUAGUUUUCAGCCACAGCCAGCAGCCAAUCCAGCUUCUUCACAGUGCCAUCCUGGAGGACGCCUUUUCCAAAGUCAUCCGAGAAGACUCCAGUAAGACCAACGGUGAGGAAGGUAGCACACCACCGAAGAAGACCAAGGAUAUCAGCUACAGGCUGGGUCAGAGGAGAGCUCUGUUUGGGAAGCGCAAACAACUGAGCGACUACGCCUUGGUCUGUGGGAUGUUUGGCAUUAUUGUCAUGGUCAUCGAGACGGAGCUGUCAAGGGGAUUUUACACCAAGGAAUCCAUGUAUUCAUAUGUUCUAAAAGGCCUGAUCAGCAUUUCUACUGCUAUUCUGCUGGGACUCAUUGUGAUGUACCAUGCAAGGGAAAUCCAGCUCUUCAUGGUGGACAACGGGGCUGACGAUUGGAGGAUAGCAAUGACUUUUGAGCGACUUGUCUUCAUCGUGUUGGAGCUCCUCAUCUGUGCCAUUCAUCCAAUCCCAGGGAAAUACGUGUUCACCUGGACGACUCGACUGGCCUUCAGCUAUGCAGCAUCGGUGGCAUACGCCGACGUAGACAUCAUCCUCUCUGUGCCGAUGUUCCUUCGCCUCUACCUGAUUGGCCGGGUCAUGCUGCUGCACAGCAAGCUGUUCACAGACGCUUCCUCUCGCAGCAUCGGUGCACUCAAUAAGAUCAACUUUGACACUCGUUUUGUCAUGAAGACCCUAAUGACCAUCUGUCCUGGCACAGUGCUGCUAGUCUUCAGUGUGUCCUGUUGGAUCAUUGCUGCGUGGACAGUGCGUGUUUGUGAAAGGUAUCACGAUGCACAGGAAGUAACCAGCACUUUCCUUGGAGCAAUGUGGCUCAUCUCCAUUACCUUCCUGUCCAUCGGCUAUGGGGACAUGGUCCCUCACACCUACUGUGGAAAAGGGGUUUGCCUGUUAACUGGAAUUAUGGGAGCAGGUUGUACAGCCUUAGUCGUGGCCGUUGUCGCAAGAAAAUCAGAACUCACCAGAGCUGAGAAACAUGUCCACAACUUUAUGAUGGAUACCCAAAUCUACAAAAAGAUCAAGAACACAGCAGCAAAUGUGUUGAGAGAGACAUGGCUCAUUUACAAAAACACAAAGCUGGUCAAGAAGAUUGACCAUGCCAGAGUACGCCACCAUCAGCGUAAAUUCUUGCAAGCCAUCCACCAACUGCGACGAGUGAAAAUGGAGCAAAGGAAAUUAACUGACCAGGCCAAUACAGUUGCUGAUCUUGCAAAGACUCAGAACAUGAUGUACGAUCUGGUAUCAGAGCUGCAGCAUCGAAGUGGUGAGCUGGACAGUAGGAUUGUGGCUCUGGAAAAGAAACUGGACUCCAUUCUUCAAUGUGUGCAGUCGCUGCCCGUUGUGCUUUCUCAAGCAAUAGCAAAGUUACAAAAGGAUUUCCUGGAUGACUUGGCUUGCCGUGUACACUUCCUAUCAUCCUCCCUGAGCUCUGAGUGCUGCUCAGUGCCGGCCAAGCAGCUUUGUCCAGGAUCCACUGCACCGGAGACACCAUACAACUGA